AUGGACUCACCAGGGCAUUGUGCGCAAUACCGCACCUAUACCACUAUAGAGCAAGAGUCCAGAGAUAUUGUCCACAUUGUAACCAUAGACAAGAGACAGACGAAUCGGAAUUCAGUGAUUAUGGAGAAAGAAGGGUUCAUCAAGACCAUGGAUACUCUGCUGCAGAAAAUUCCAGUGAAAGAAGUGGUCACAGAUGCCCACAGACAAAUCACAGCAUUACUAGAUCCAACAUGGGGAAAAUACAGACAGUGGGGUCUUCAUCACUCCCUGGACAUUUGGCAUGCAGCCAAGAACCUCGCAAAGAAACUGAAGGCUGCUGGUUCAAUCAAAAAGCAAUCAGCAAUCCUGCAGUGGCUGAGACACAUUGUCAACCAUUUCUGGUAUUGCUGCAAACAAGCCACAACGGAAGAGAAAUUCAAAAUAAUGUGGCAUGGUGUUCUACACCAUGUAAGGGACAAGCACCAGUGGUCUUUUGCAAGCUGCGAACAUGGUCCACUUGAGGAUGCCAGCAGAGACAAGCCAUGGAUGGUGCAAGGUUCUCCAGCACACCAGGCUUUGACAGCAGUUGUCAUGGAUAAACACUGGCUCAAGAAUGUGAAGACGUUUCUCAACUUUCGAACAACAUUGGACCUCGAAAGUUUCCAGAACCACAUACUCAUGUAUGAUGGAAAACGAUUUGCAUACAGCCCACCGGUGUAUGAGGCACGCACUCUCCUUGCAGCUAUUGACUACAACUACCACAACAACAGGCCUGCUGCACUGAAUUCUGAGGGCAACAAGAU